AAAGGUGUGGCGCUCAUGAUUGUGAUUCACAUCUCGUUUUUAGCCCAUGUUUUACGAGACAACCAUCUUUUUCCAUCCAGAUGUUCAGCCAAUGAGAAGUGCAGUUUCCAGUGAAGGAAGGAGGCGGAGGAAGGAAUGCUGCAGGAUGCUUAUUAUUAUGGCUGUCAAACCCAGUGGCUAUUAGAUAAAACAUCCAUUUUCAUGUAAGAUUUACGGGGAUGAUGAGCACCAUGUCCGCUGCAGCUGUCGCGGUAUGGCUUGGUACGGUGGUCACCAUCUUGUCGAGGUCUCAUGCGGACCGUAACGUCUACCCAUCUGCAGGAGUGCUGUUUGUCCAUGUUCUGGAAAGAGAGUACUUCAAAGGAGAGUUUCCUCCCUACCCAAAAUCAGGUGACGCCAGCAAUGACCCCAUAACUUUCAACACCAACCUGAUGGGCUACCCAGACAGGCCAGGCUGGCUGCGUUACAUCCAGAGAACACCGCACAGCGACGGAGUGCUCUAUGGCUCCCCCACUGCAGAGCACGUUGGCAAGCCCACCGUCAUAGAGAUUACUGCCUAUAACAGACGCACUUUCGAGACGGCACGGCACAACUUGGUCAUAAACAUCAUGGCCACAGAAGAGUUCCCUCUGCCCUUCCAGGCUGAAUUUUACAUCAAAAACAUGAAUGUGGAGGAAAUGCUGGCCAGCGAGGUGCUGGGGGACUUCCUGGGAGCUGUGAAAAAUGUAUGGCAGCCUGAGCGCCUCAACGCCAUCAACAUCACCUCGGCACUGGACCGUGGUGGCCGUGUGCCCCUCCCCAUCAAUAACCUCAAAGAAGGAGUGUAUGUGAUGGUUGGUGCUGAUGUUCCCUUCUCAUCGUGCCUGCGGGAGGUGGAAAGCCCACAUAACCAGCUGCGCUGCAGUCAAGAGAUGGAGCCUGUCAUCAGCUGUGACAAGAAGUUCAGAGCUCAGUUUCACAUCGACUGGUGUAAGAUUUCUCUGGUUGACAUCAACAAGGUAGUGCCGGUAUACAUUACCCGUCCGGACCCAGGCACAGGGAUCCUGCCAGAAUUUGGGGAAUACAACCCCCCCUCUGAGUCUCUGAAGAGCCGGGACUACUUUUCGGACUUCCUUAUCACGCUGGCUGUUCCCUCUGCUGUGGCACUAGUCCUCUUCUUCAUCCUCGGCUACACUAUGUGCUGCCGACGGGAAGGGGUGGAAAAAAGAAACAUGCAAACACCAGACAUCCAGCUGGUUCACCACAGCUCCAUCCAGAAGUCCACCAAGGAGCUGCGGAGCAUGUCUAAGAACCGCGAGAUCUCCUGGCCACUCUCCACACUGCCCGUCUUCAACCCAGUCAGCGGUGAGGUGGUGCCGCCCAUCCACCCCGACAACUAUGAGACCACCAGCAUGCCCCUCAUGCAGACACAGACGAACCUGCAAAAUCAGAUUACGAUACCACAGCAACGGCCAUCAGGAGAUAACUAUGUCAUGUCAACAUUUCGAAGGCUGGAGGUAAAUGGUAUUCCUGAGGAGAGGAAGGUGGCCGAGGCCCUUAAUUUGUGACCAGAAAACACCGGUGUCGGAGCUACCUUUGUUUCCAUAUCUAUAUAUUUGUUUUUUACCUAACAUUUGUGCCAAUCUGCAUGCCUCAGAAGUGUCUUUACAAAGUUCUAUUGUCCAUAUGCACAGUGUGGAAAAGAACAAAAGAGCUUAGCUGAUUAUAAAGAUACAUUACAAUAUUUUUGAAUAUAUGUGUAAAUGUUAAAACUGAUGUUUGUAUUUCUACUUGCUUUGCACAAUGGACCUCUUAGAGGAAAAGGGAGUUUUACAUGGAAAUGCUUAAAUUGUCACUUAAUAUUAAUUUUAUGUAAUGUGUCAUGAUGACAAUAAAAUAUUUCAAAUUAGUCUUUUUUUACUGUAAUGAUCUUUUCCCCAAUAAACAAGAUAAUAGUAAUGUCUGAAUAACAUGAGGAAGAAAAGAAGCCAAAAGAGCACAUUUUAUGAAGGUAUUAUUAACAAUGUACAACAGAAUAAAGGCGUUUAUAAAUAAUAUGGAUACAUUUCACAUUUUUGAAGACAUCACAAAAAAUUUUACAUAUAACAUAUUUCAAAGAGGACCUGCACAGGGGUAUAAAUAGUUGUUGCUUUUACACGACCAAAGAGAUCUAUUAAGGCCUGAAACAAUUACCAAAUUUAUAGCUGUUGAUCAGACGAGAAAACGGAUCAGUAAACUUUACAAGAAAAAAGAAACUGCAGCAUGGAAAUGCCAUUCUCGUCUCCACAAGGAGGUGAUGACUGGUUAUACAAAUUACAAAUUCACUUGGCUCUUGUUCAGUUUGAGAACACAACCUGAACUGUACAUAAUCAGAGAAAUGACAGGAGAAAGCUGUAGACAAAUUGUUCCACUGUAAAGAAAAUGUCCUUCUUUGUGGAUCCAUGUUUUUCUUUAAAAGGGAGGCUACAUAAACAUGUAGAAAACCACUGACACUGCAAUCUUUUACUAUCCCCCAUGGUAGAUGAAAUAUGCAACUCAAGAUUUGAUGUAAUACAGCCUGGCUCUUACAGUAUCAUUUUUUAUUUGCCAAAUGAUCGUCACAAAACAUUUUGAUUUACCAAAACAAAAUGUGCAGAAGGUAUCUGCACUGGUACCAUGUUAACCACUGUUUCACCUCAGAGAUGAAAGGAAAAAUAUAGACCUUAAAAUAAAAGUGCUAAUCUCAGUCAAAUGUCUGUUGGGAUAAAUAGGCAGAGACAUCAGCCAUUUGUCAGUUGACAUAAUAUAAAAUAUUUUCCUUAAAGCAACAGUUAUAUGUCCUCUCAGCUCAGUCAGUGCAUUACCAAGUAGUUGUUUUUAAAUGUUGAUGUGGCCCUGAUGCAAAGUGCGUAAUGAUGGAAGAUUGUGAUCCCAGGCUGCAUCACAGAUGUGACAAAGUACACCUGGAGAUGUGUUGUAUGUAUAAGCCACUGAGAGAAGCUGUAUGUUCAAAGGCAUUCAGUCUAAGUAACCACUUAUUCAUUCACUCACUGACCAAAAAGUUCACUGGCUGUGACAGCAGAGGGAGCAUGUAUAUUCAUCUGUUAGCCCUAUUGUACAAUAAUAUGUGCAACCCAGAAUUUUCCUACGGAGCUAUGAGGCAUGUUUUUAAUGACAAUGAAAGGAUAAAGGACUAAAAACACUGCUGAAGCAUUACUGUAUAAAAUAAAUCUCUCACUCUAUCGUACAAAUAUACACAGACUAUGAAAUGAGCUGCUAAUAGGCCAGACAGGCGGUAGACUGUAAAGGCUCAACCUCCGCAGUGUGUCUCUGAGGCAGGUAAUCAUCUAUGAGAUGCUGGGAUGGGUAUAAGAUCUAUGUAAUACUUCCUUCACAAACAGCAGUCAUGGGCGCAAAGUACAGAAAUAAACAAAGCCAAAAAAAUGUAUAAAAUAUAAGCUUAAUUUAAAUCAUUAAAUACUGUACAUAUCACAUAGAAUUUCAGAGCUACAGCAGGUGACCACGGUACCUUUCAGCACAAGGCAAACUUUUUUUUUUUUUUUUUUUAAAUUAC